AUGAAUCUUGGUAACUCGAGGAACGUGAAAGGAAUAGCAUUUUCGCUCGAGGUGUUCGUGAAGAAAAUGUGCGAUUUUUCGCUGAAAAUCGGAUGGACUUCUAUGGCAUGGGCGAAAAUGGAUACGCUUAUGAAUAAGGCGAAUCAUGACCGCACUUUCAUUUUGCCUAAGCAGGGCAAUGAUUUCAAGCGUGUGCGCAGAAGUGCGCACAAAGUCGUAAGUUUUCUGUCAUGGUCGCUAUCGAUGAGCUUGUUAAUCGCGCUCGUUUCUUUCUGCUCUGGAAGUUCUGUUGAGCAAGAAUCAUGUAAUGGGUACUAUCGCGUUGUUCAGGCUUAG